AUGCUUGUGUCUAUCGAACAGCAUUUUGAUCGUGGGAACAUAUGCUUGAUUAAGAACAGUACAUAUGACGAUUGCUAUCAUGUCAAAAUUCUUCACACAGACUUCCAUGGUGUGUCGAUCCUUGAAGAAGCUAUUCGAGUGACUGGUGCGAACAAUCAACUACUACCACCCAGAUUAUUAUGGCUCGGUCGGAUCCGACCGGAAUCGGGCGGCAAGGAGUUUGCCGAAUCCCAUCGAAAAUUGUUGAAUUCGGCUGAAAUUACACUGAAACCGACUCAGGCUUACACAAAUCCAGUCACCAGAAUGAUCGAUCUGGGCACGUUCAAAGAUCUAGAAACCAUUGAUAUUCAGCUUAACAACCGUUACGAGCGAGUAAUCUAUUUUCACAUGAACAUGGCAAUGAAACAACAUCAUAUUCUCGAUGGAAAUUUCAGUGAUAUUGAUGAGCAUGACUUCAUGCAUAUCGUUAAUUUCUGGUCGUCUGAAAAACAACAGAUGAACUAUAUCGAUAAAGUGCAACGAUGGUUCGAUUUGAACGAUAUUCAAACAAAUCAAAAAGCAGCUGCAGCUCAAGAAGAUAAUGCUAUGGACGAACAACCACUCAACUAUGAUGAAUACAAUCCAUUUGAUAUCUGUGCAGCAUCCUAUGUUCCUAUUUAUCGUGGAAAUCCAUUGGUGAAAUGUCCGUUGUCCGGUGCAGCUUAUCUACCCGAGUUCAAAGGACAACUGUGUCGUGUAACAAAAGCAACUGAAAUCGGAAAAGAAUCUCUUGGUCUUCGAAUAUCCAUGAGUCAAUUUCGUUGA